UCACAAAUCAAAUUAAAACAAGUGUACUUAAAAACUUUGUGGAGAAAUCAAGAAAAUGAAGACAAUUUCUUCAUUGGUCGUUAUCUUCCUCCUCAUACUGAUCUUGCAAACUAACAAACUAGUGAGUGGGCAUGACCGUUCCACCGAUCAAGACACGGUCAAGAACAAUAACAAUGAUGAAAACAACACAACCACUGAAGUAGUUUUCAAGGACAAGAAAAGAAGUUAUAGUGGAGGAAGAGGAAGCUAUAGAUGGGGAUGGGGUGGUGGCGGCGGAGGAGGAGGAGGAGGAGGAGGCGGUGGUGGUGGAAGAGGAGGAGGUGGAGGUGGUGGAGGAGGAUGGGGAUGGGGAGGAGGAGGAGGUGGUGGAGGAUGGUACAAAUGGGGUUGUGGCGGCGGAGGAAAAGCAAAAGGAAGAGAAGGAAGAGGAGAGUUUGUGAAAAGAGAAUAUGCAGAGUGCAAAGGAAGAGGAAAAUGUAGAGGAAAGAGAUUGGAAUGUCCUCAACAUUGUGGAGGUUUUUGUUUUUACGAUUGUCUCUUUCUCUGCAAACCUCAUUGCCGUCGCUAGAGAGAGAGAGAUCUUUUUGUCAUUUCAUCAUACAUUCUCUUUUUCUGGUUCUGCUUGGGUUUUAUUUUUUGGUUUGUUUGGUUUUUUUUGGUUUGUACCCUAGUUUCUUAAGGUUUUCUUUCUAACAAAUAUUUUGGGGCUUC